AUUGGAUUUCGAUACUCGUGGUAGGUAGAGUACAGAUAGCCCAUUGUGUAGCUUUACGCUUAACAACAACUAACCAACCAAGCAAUCGACAUUUUUAGGUCCAACAAUGUUGUUUUUAGAAUCAAAAUUCUGUCAAAACACAUUUUCACUAGGCAUGGAAAUAUUAUAGUGACAGGAACUUUUUAAGAGUUCAAGACAUUUUACGAGGUAGGCAAGUAGUCAAAUUCAAAAAUUUUGAUCGGGGAAACGGCUUACUACCAGUUUUAUAAAAUGGUAUUGUAAAUAAACAGUAGAAUUGAUUGGUUUUUUAGAUUGCACAAUAUUAAUCCGUAUUUUUUUAUCAUCCAUUUUUUUAUUCAAAGCGUAAAGUGAGAAUCCUUCAAAACAUUAAAUUUUCAAUCUAGUUUUUAUUUUUACUUUUCAUAAGCGAUCAAGUCCAGUAUCGAAAUUGCGCAUCGAGAGGAAAAAUUUGUUCAUUUUUGCCUUUAUCUCAGUUAUAGUUUGAACAUCUGAUGUAUUUAACAUUGGACGAUUAGUAAUACCAUAGACCUACUAUGAGUUCUCAUGGUUGUGCUCAUUUGACAAGUUUCAAGUCAGUCAAAGGAAUUCAGUCUUACCGAGUUUUACAUGCUUAUUUUGUUGCUGGAAUUACAGAAGAAGCCCGGAAAAAGAAGGCCCAGACUUGUUUUUGUCACACUUGUCAUCACACCUUUCGGUUACAUGCCUGUCUGUACUGUGUAUAUUUUGGUUGCUAUGAUGGAAAACAUAUUCGUGAACAUGCCCUUAAUAAAAGACAUUACCUAGGUAUUAAAGAGCAGUAUUAUGAAUGGGAACCAAGUAGUUUUGAACUAGAUCUACUUAGAAGAAACCCUCGUCGGAAGAGGAUAACAGAUAAUUGUUUUAUAGGGUUACGAGGGCUUAUAAAUUUAGGGAACACGUGUUUCAUGAACUGUAUUGUACAAGCACUAAUGCACACACCACUUCUUCGGGACUAUUUUCUUGCUGACUGCAAUGUUUGUCACUUCCAAGAUGACCCUUCCAUGUGUUUAGUCUGUGAAAUGUUGCAGUUGUUCCAAGAGUUCUACUCGGGAAAAAGUACUCCUCACAUUCCUUAUCGACUCCUUCACCUUGUGUGGACACAUGCUCGACACCUGGCUGGGUAUGAGCAGCAAGAUGCUCAUGAAUUUUUCAUAGCAACCCUAGAUGUGCUACACAGGCACUGUAAAGGUAGGAACUAUUCAUUGCU